AUGUCAGUCUCAAUCCAUCCAAGCCUGAAGCAUCUCUCAAAGCGGUCGAGACUACCAGCGAUAUCGGUGGGGCGCAAGAGAGGGGGCCCCGCUGUCCCAGAUGCUGCUGCUCUCCCAGAUCCUACGAACGUUCAAGGAGACGUCUACCUGGGGAUUCCGAAAGUUCGGAUUUUUCUAAAUGAUUCUUUGUCAGGCUGUCAAGCAUUCAUCUUCUUCAUCAUCGACGAUGUCUCCAAAUUUCGACAAGCUCUACAGACCUACCACCCAACAUCUUCUGCUGACGUAACGAAAGCGCUUCAAGCUAUAUCGACCUCAAAGGAUUCGGGUGGCGGGGACGUUGAUAUUAUCAUGACACAAAUUGCGUUCAGCCAGCUCGGCCUAAAAAACAUUGGAUUUGAUGCUGGCUCGAUGCUCCACGACCGGAAGUUUUUGGGUGAUCAAGGCCCAUGGGACUCUGUCUUUGACCCCGCGACUAUCCAUGGCGUGAUUAUGGUUUGCGCCAAAAGUCAAGACAAGGUGGACUCGGGUGUGCAAACGAUCAAGGACACGUUUGGUGCAUCGUGGGAGAUCAAGCAAACCUUGUCAGGCAAUGCUCGCCCUGGCAAAUACAAGGGAAAGGAACACUUCGGAUAUCAGGACGGUGUAUCCCAGCCAUCGUUGAGAGGCUUAACCACCCCUCAUCGUGGACAACUAGAGGCUGAUCCGGGUGUCCUUAUCUUGGGCUACCCGGGUGAUCCGCUUGUGGACAAUCCGUUAGGGCCCCAGCGCCCUGAUUGGGCUCGUGAUGGCUCCUUCAUGGUGUUUCGCAAACUUGAGCAAGACGUUAAGGGCUGGAACAACUUUGUGGCUAAAAGCGCAAAGUAUUGGCAAGAUUUCACGCCAGUCCCAGAUGAAGUUCAGCCUCCUUUCAAGGACGACGAUGAGAAGGCAAAUUUCGUUGGCGCUGCCUUAGUUGGCAGAUGGAAGUCUGGCGCCCCAAUUCAAUUGGCGCAUUUCCGAGAUGAUCCGUCUCUCGCCACCGAGGACAACGCCAAUAACUUCGAUUAUUCCGUGCCCGGCGUUGUUCUCCCUACAAAUAGAUACUGCCCUUUCAACUCUCAUACUCGCAAAACUGCGCCUAGAAAUCUUGACCCGUAUCUGACCAGGAAAUAUCUGGAAUCGUCUCUUAUCGCGCGCACUGGGAUCCCAUACGGCAAAGAGAUUGACGUGGCACCAACUGAACAACGAGGGCUUCUCUUCGUGUGCUAUCAGUCCGCCCUCGACAAUGGUUUUGUCCGCCAGACUGUUGGCUUUUCGUCCAAUGACUUUUUCCCUACCACUGACGUAUUGCCUCAAAACCACGGUAAACUUUCAGUUCAAGUGUAUGAGACAUUGCUUGAUGCGAACACCUUAGGCCAAGAUCCCAUCACGGGUAGCAACCCAAAGGUGACGGUCGUAGACGAUGCCAUUGCUCUCAACAAAAAGCCCGAAUCUGGACAAGUUACGCUGGCGGUUGUAGAUUCCAAUACCUCUGAAAAGUAUCUCGUGACGGGAUUCCCUCAGCAAGUUAACGACACAGUCGACAAAUAUACCCCAGACUUUUUUGUGACAUCUCAUGGGGGAGAGUACUUCUUCGUCCCUUCCAUUCCAACCCUGACAGCUUGGUCGAAAGCUCCGACAACGACGAAAUCGAAGCUCGAUAUCAUGUUCCUUAUUGACGCCACAGGAAGCAUGGAUCCUUACAUCAAGCAAGCCAGUGCUUCAAUUGGCACCAUAUACGAUAAUGUACUUAGGAAUGGCAGCUGGAGUAAGGACGAUAUCCGCGUUGGCCUUGUCGCAUUCCGUGAUCAUCCGCAGAAAAAAGCGACGACGUUCCUUACGCAGAAGUAUGAUUUCACGUCCGAUAUGUCUAAGGUUUCAGACAACCUAGAUGCUCUAGAGGCCAAGGAUGGCGAGGACUAUCCUGAGGCCUCUGAAGAUGCGUUGGAGGACGCCUUGGAAGCGGAUUGGAACGACGAUGCAGUCAUGGUCACGGUUUUGAUUACUGAUUCGACCCCGCAUGCCACUGGAGAAUCACAUGAUUACUUCAAGGACGGAUGCCCUGACCAGAAUGACCCCGUCGAUAUAGCAGACCGAAUGGCUGACUUGGGGAUUGUUCUAUACGUUCUCGGGUGUGAGCCAAAGCUUAGUGCGAAGACUGCUGGUGGAAUUGAUUUUUACACCGGCAUAACUGCAAAGACGGGGGGGAAGCUGUUAACCCUCAACACGGCAAAUAUAGACCAACUGGGCGACAUCAUAGUAGGAAUGGCCUCGGAUACGUCUGACAGCGAAUUGGCCGUAAGCGAGAACACAUCAGCGAUUCUGAAGCGAAAGGGCGACAAAAUCAGCGACAUCGCGAAUGAUUUGCAUAAGCAACUGACUGCGAAAGGGGUCAAACACUGGAAGUUUACGAUGAGCAACGUUUAUUCAUUCAAUAGCGAUGCCAAAGACAAUGUGAAGGUGUGGUUCAAAGCGAAGAAGCUUGACCAAACUGUUCGAGACAAGAUCAAGAGUGUAAAGGGCAAUCGCGUCAACUCGGACUACCGCAAGGGAGAACGACCUACGGUUACGUUAGAAAAGGAAGCCAUCAGUUAUGACCAGGUGGAAGCUCUUGUGACGAAGUGCUUGCGACGGAGCAAAUAGUCAAAGCGAUCUGCAUUCGUGAACAAAUCGUGUAAAUGUACUUGUGGUAUCG